CAGAGGACCUCCACGGUUUGGUGCUGUCUGGUGGAGCCAUACCAGGAUCCGAAGCUUAAUGUAGAUCGAAGAACCAAGCGACGCACAAUAUCUCUCCGACCGGCGGUGGUACUGUUUCUGUACGUUCCCGUGGCACGACUGGUGGAGCUGGAAAAAUUCGGCCCCCACUGUUGCUACUGCUACCCGUGAGCAUGAGCGUCGUGGUCGUCGUUCCGGUAGCCUAUCGUUACACUUGGAAUCGCGAGAUCGUGUUCAACUCCCAGAAGCUGGUGAAAAGACGACUGGCGCUUCCGGUUGCUGGCUGUCUGUGCUGAGUCCUUGCGCGAGCGUACUGGCCAAUAGGGAGCGACAAAGAAGAGCGUGAAGGAGCAAGAGAAAUAGUGAGUCCAGUAUCGUGAGGAGACCCAGACAACCCAGAGGCUAACGGCGCUAAAAUCAAACCGCCGAAAUCGGACAUACUCAAACAAAAAUCAAGAAUCUUCUGCUCACCUCUAGUAGUUUCGUACCGUUGUACACAACACACAACAUCGAAAGUAGAUAACCUAAUCACCUACAGAGUACAGAGUGACAAAACAAGAACAGGGUUUUAUCUAUCUCUCUUUUCUUUAACAUCUCUUAUAUGUAUUGCGAAUAAGAAUAAUUGAGUAUAGGAAAGCAAGGAGAAAGAGCAAGAGUGCAAUAUACUAAAUCUAUCUUAACAAAAAACAGAAUCACAAUAGAAUAAGAGCUAUUCGCACAUAUGCUUUUUCGUUGUUCGUAGUUUUUGGUACACAUUAGUCCGUAGUCUGUGAUUAAAAAUUGCUGUGUGUUUAUUGUUUUUAUUCAUAGUUUGUUUUUUUUCGUGCAAAAACAUUACCCUGUGCGUGUCACGAAUAUAUAGAAUCGAAUCGAAUUUAUCCCAACCAGGACACCGUGCACAAUCCCGUCUCUCCAAUCUUUGUAUCAUCCUUUUGCCCAAGGGUUCUCAGAGACGCAUCUUGGUCUUGGUUAGACUUUUUCGUCGGUGUAGCACAAAGAAAAGUGAGCGGACACGUCCACGAGAAGCAGAGUUCCGUGGUAUCGUGUGUUUUUUUUGCACGGACUUGCCACAAUUGUAGUCACUUCGAAACUUGUACCAGGUUAGUAGAUCCCGUUUGUUGGAAAUCCCUGGCGGAUAGAAAGAGUAGUACGGCACACUGGAAGUGUAUUUUUUUUUUAUAACGAUAAGGAGGUUUUAGCUUCACGAUAUAUUCGAUAAUUUUUCUGCCAUUUUAACGUUAGUUAGAUAGUUUAGUUUCGUACGCUUGAGAUUCGAAAGUUGUCCGAAAAGCGCUCUUGGGGACUGUCGAAUAUUGAUACUGCACCAACGUGUCUAUUGGGCUGUAACGAACACACACGGAAAGCCGGAAACGCAAUUAAUUACUUAUCGCGUUUUGAGGACAAAGCGCAAACCGAGCAGCGAUUGUCGAUCAGGUGCAAGGCGUGUACACGUAACGAAGGGGCAGCAAAAGAAUUAUAAAAAGCCAUAUUUUGGUCAAAAAACCGAUCGAAGAAUCGAUCGGGUGAAAGGAGAACCGCCUUGUGAAAAGGAAAAGGAUCGCACUAAAAAAGCGAUAACUAAAAACCAGUUCAACGACUUCGCGCAAGGACUUCCACACACAGCACCAGACCGUCAGUAACUUCAGUCAGUCACCAGCAAUUCACCAGACAUCGGCGACAUUGCAGCGAUCAAAAUGAACGUUUAUGAUCCAUGGUACGAAGAUAAACUGAAGCUAUCCAGCGCGUCGUCGCCGCCGUUCGGUGGCUACGCGCCGCUGCCGGCCGUUAUCGAGGAUGGGUCGUUCACGUUCCUGCCGGAGGAGAAGCCUAAAAACACCGAGGAGCUGCUGAUGGAGUUCGAUUACGUGUAUGACAGCGUGGAGCUCAACCAUCUGACGCCACCGCAGACCCCGCCGCAAAGUGUGGCGGCGGUCAGUGGAGGUGUUUGCGUACCAAUUCCAGGGCUCCAAAAUGUUCUCAUGCAGCAACAGUCGCAGCCGCAGCAGUUUCAGCUAUCGUACGUUCCGCAACUCAAUCAGCAGCAGCAGCCGAUGCACCAGCAACAGCAAUUGUCCUUCCUGAACCCAUCCGAUUACUACACUGUGAAUGAGUACGUCACUGCAGUGCAAACCCCGCAGCAACAGCAACAACAACCGGAACCACCGCAGCAAGUACCAGGCUUCGUUGGGGCUGAGUAUGGUCUCGGCGGAACGACCGGAUUCAGCCCGCAGCAGAUGGAAGAGGUGAUGCAGGACAUCGUUCGCAGUGCAGCGGAAGCGGAAACACUGCUGCAGCUGGAGCAACUGGUUGGCAACGACGAGGAGGAGGACGAGGACGACGAAGACUCGUGCGGCUUUUCCGAAACUGGUUCGAUCGACAGUGACCGCUGCUCGUCAGCGGUUUCCCGCUCGCCCGCCUACAGCGAUUCGGCAGACUCGUCCUACUACGGCUCGUCCUCGUACGGGACUGGAGCACCGGAGGACGACGAGGACUGGAGCCCGGCCAAGAGUAAGAAGCUGAACCUGAGCAGCAACGCCGGCGGCGGUGGGUCAGUGUCCAAGAAGCGCACCCGUCCGCACGGUCGCGGCACCGAAGAUAAAAAAUCGCGAAAGAAGGAGCAAAACAAGAACGCGGCCACCCGGUAUCGCCAGAAGAAGAAGGCGGAAAUCGAAGAGAUUCUUAUUGAGGAGAGUAAGCUACGCGAGAGGCAUGACGAACUGAAAAGCAAAUCGGCCGAUCUGGGGCGCGAGGUACGCUGUCUGAAGAAACUGAUGCGCGAGUUGUGCCAGGCUAAGGGUUUGAUCUGAGUUGUUGGCGCACCGGUCGACAUUAAUAUAAUACGUUUCUAAAUUUCAUUGGAACAAAUAUCAGAAUAUCACCCAAACUCGGUUUGGAAUUCAUAAAACCAUUUAACAAAAAAAAAAACAGAACAGAAAUAUCUUACUUUGCGUACCUUCUAGUAGACAGUAGAAUCGUGUGGGUCGUACCCGUAGAAUUGGGAUGAAAAACUGGAACUUGAUGGAUGAUUGGAAGGAUGUUCUCGCAUCUCGCCCAUC